AUGUUUAAGCCAGCUGUUUUUAUUGUUGCAAUUGCACUUGCAGUGAGCUAUUGGGUUACCAAAGAGGAUCUGGCAAAGGUGUUCGAGCAAGCCAGAACAGGAAUGCAAGGCUCUCGAGCCUUCCGUAACCGUCAUAAAAGUUCUGUAACAACUCGUCAAGCUAUUGAGCAAGUAUUCCUGGCCUCAUGGGACGACUACGUCGAACAUGGCUGGGGUUACGACGUUUAUGGGCCGAUAUCUGAACGUGGCCAGAAUAUGGCACGGUCUAAGGAGCCUCUGGGAUGGAUCAUAGUGGAUACAGUUGACACUCUAAUGCUAAUGUAUAAUCAGACUACCGAGCACAAGGAAAAGUUUGCUCGGGCCAUCAUUCAAGCGGAGCAAUGGAUAGAGCAAGAGUUAUCCUACGACAUUGAUUCCGAAGUGAGCGUCUUUGAGACUACAAUUAGGAUGUUGGGAGGAUUGUUAGCUGCACACCAUCUUUCCAUGCAACUGGAUGUGGGAAAUCCAGAAGUGUAUCUGCAGAAGGCUGUUGAUUUAGGUGACAGACUAGCAAUGGCCUUUGUAAAUUCCGAGACAGGUAUCCCAUAUUCUAGUGUAAACCUGAAGACUGGACAAACAGUUAAGAAUCAUGUUGACGACGGUGCAUCUUCUACUGCGGAGUUUACCACACUACAACUUGAGUUCAAAUAUCUGUCCUUCUUGACAGGUAACAACUCAUACUGGUUGUUAGCGGAGAACGUGUAUCCAACAAUGUACAAGAAGAAUAAUCUUACAGACGAGUACUACAGCGGCCUAGUCCCAAUAUACACACACCCUGAUACAGGUAUGUUCCAUGGCCAAAAUAUCAGAAUGGGCUCCCGUGGAGACUCCUUCUACGAGUAUUUGUUGAAGCAGUAUCUUAUGACCAGCGAAGAAUUAUACUACGAUCUUUAUAGAAUUUCAAUGGAUGGUAUGAAGAAAAAACUUUUGGCGAAAUCACACCCACAUGGUCUUACAUAUAUAGGCGAAAGGCCUUUUGGUCCAAAUAAAGCUUUAAUCCCUAAGCUGGACCAUUUGGUCUGCUUCAUGGGAGGAUUGUUAGCUAUGGGUGCAACCAACGGUCUCCAAUUUGAUGAAGCUCGUAAAAGCAGUUUCUGGGAUGCUAAGAGAGCAGAUGAUUUCAAAAUCGCGGAAGAACUCACUUACUCAUGUUUCCAAUUGUAUGACCAGAUUCCAUCAGGCUUAGCACCAGAAAUUGUGAUGUUCAACGAUAACUCUGAAGGUUUAAACAAUGAAGCACAGAGAUCCAAAUGGUGGGGUUCCCCAUCUGGAGACUAUUUCGUGAAACCCUUAGAUAAACACAAUUUGCAGAGGCCGGAAACAGUGGAGUCUAUUAUGUUUUUAUACCACUUGACCAAAGAUGAGAAAUACCGUGACAUGGGCAGGAAGAUUCUGGACAGUUUUAUUGAGAACUCUAAAUACGUCGACCCCAAGACAGGUAAGACUAAGUACGUAUCUCUAGACAACUGCGUUGAUAUGCCAACGAAGAAAAGAGACAACAUGGAGAGUUUCUGGCUUGCUGAGACUUUGAAAUACCUGUACUUGUUAUUUGAGGAUGACGUUGAGUUGGACAAAAUGGUAUUCAAUACUGAAGCCCAUCCAUUCCCGGUGCUGGAUUCUGAGACUCUUGGCAGAAUGCAGCUAAAGACAGGCUGGUUAUUGUGA